UAUUGUAGUCUUUCCUAUUUGAGGUUGUCUUAUGUGAACGUAACAAUAUGAUAACGGCGCCAUCUGUAGCCAUACCUUUUUUUACACGAAAAACCGCCAAUUCAAUGUCGAUUGUAUAUAUCUUUAAUUUUUCUUUUACUUGUUAUAAAAACAAAAUUUUGUUUUGAUUGUAUUGUGAUUUUAUGUCUAUGUAAAGGAAAUUUGAAAACACUGAUUUGACUUCAGCCAACCAAUAUUUUGAUGUGUAUGGCAAUGGCGGAUUUUGUGUUUAUCCUGUAUUUCAUGUUAUUAUUGACAUUCAAACUAUGUCCAGGAAUCGUUUUUAGGAGAAAAGGAGAGUUUUACUUUAGCGGAACAUGAUUUUUCAUCAGAAAAUGAAGAAUCACAGAAAUCAAUAGAUAUCGCAGACUUUAAUGAUAAUUCAGCUGGAUACCAACAUUUGAAGUGCUAUAUUUGCGAGGGACCAGACUGUUCAUAUACUAAACCAUGUUAUAAUGCAAUUACGUGUUGGAAAUCUAAAGUAAAACAAUCAGAUGGAAGUAUAAGUGUAAGUAGAGGAUGUACUUCAUCAGUUGACCAAAUGUUACUAAUAUGCAAUAAGCAACAACCACUACACACCAAUCAAAAUGGUAACAAUAAGAAAAGACAUGUUAGCGGAUCUUUAAGUGGUAUUCAAUAUUUCGUUGAGUGUUGUCAAACAGACUUUUGUAAUGGUGGACCAUUUCCAAUAUUGCAAGAUUAUAGUGGAGAUGCUGUCAAAGAAGAUUAUACGAUUAAAUUAACAUUAGCAAUUUUGGGCUUGAUUGUUGGAUUUUGUAUUAUUGCUGGAGGACUGCUGUUUUAUUUAUUGGUGUGUAGAGCACGGAGAAAGCGGCCUUUGACAACAAAACGUAAUAAGCUCGUUAUAGAGUCUGAAAUGGAAUCAUCAUAUCUACAUUUCUCAUUUUCUCCUCCAACAUCAGUUCCUAUAUGUUCUGCUCAUGAACUUAGAGCAACUGCAGCUGGUGAUAGCACAUUAAAGGAAUACCUGGAUGGAAGAAGUUUAACCAGUGGCUCAGGUUCUGGUUUACCAUUGCUGGUACAAAGAACGUUGGCUAAGCAAGUGUCAUUGGUGGAAUGCCUUGGUAGCGGCGGUAAUGGUGGAUUUGGUGGGGAAGUUUGGAGAGGCGUUUGGCAUGGCGAAAAUGUCGCAGUAAAAAUCUAUUUUUCACGCGACGAAGCAGCAUGGGCACGAGAGACGGAAGUUUACUCGCAAUUACUACCCUCCAGACACGAUAAUAUUCUUGGUUACGUUGGAAGUGACAUGACAAGCAGAGCGAGUUGUACCCAACUUUGGUUGGUGACCCAUUAUCAUCCAAUGGGCUCACUUUUUGAUUACUUAAGCAGAACACAUCACUCUCUGAUGCAUCAUCAGAUGCUCAAUAUCUGUUUGAGUAUCGUGAAUGGCUUGCUAUAUUUACACACGGAAAUUCACGGAACCAGAGGAAAGCCAGCUAUGGCGCAUCGUAAUCUAAAAUCUAAGAACAUUCUUGUUAAAACCAAUGGCAGUUGCGUAAUUGCUGACUUUGCCCUAGCAGUGACGCAAGAUCGUCUAUCGACGGAUAGAAUCGAUUUGAAACAAGGUACAAAGAGAUACAUGAGUCCGGAGAUCCUUGAUCAAACGAUAAAUGUGGAGUGUCUAGAAAACUUUAGGCGGGCGGAUAUUUAUAGCUUAGGACUAAUACUUUGGGAAGUUUGUCGAAGAUGCAUAAGCAAUGGUGUUCCACUUGAAUACAUGGCACCAUAUUCUGAGUGGCUUCCUAGUAACCAAGAACCUUCCACUGAAGAAAUGCGAAAAUUAGUGUGCUUGGAUCAUCGCAGACCACCGCUUCCUAAUAGAUGGCACUCUGAUCCUACAUUGGCCGGGUUGGGAAAAUUAAUGAAAGAAUGUUGGCAUGGAAAAUCAGCAGCACGUUUACCUGUUCUUCGAGUGAAAAAAACACUUGUUAAAUUAGCAGCUAAUGAUUCUCGUGUCCAUUUAUCCCUUGAUUAAAAAUAGGAUAUAUUGGAUUAUAUGUAUAUCAUUUUAUGCACAUAUUUAUUAAUAUGAAGUUGAUGAGCACUUUGGUUGGUGUUCAAAAUUUCCUUCGUCCUUAGGAAAGUGUAAUAAAAAUACGUAUAUUUUUUAUUUUAUUUUUACUAUUUUCUAUUUGUAUGAUUAAAAUUUUCAAUUUCUCUUGCAAUAUUUUAUCACAUACAUGUAUGAUUAACGUAAGACAAAAAGUGCCACUUAGGAAGUAAUACAUUUAAUAAUUUAUUCAGGACAUUAACUUUGAAUGUACAUAAAAAUAAUACUUAUUUGACAUGGCGUAUAUGCUUAAUUUGUUAUAUCGAUAAUAUGUGUGCAAUGAAAUUUGUAUUUCCGUGUAAUGUAAGAAAAGCGAUUUAUUUAAUUUUUUAAAUAACAAAUCAGGCCUUUACUCUGGUGUUUUGGGAACUAUUUUCCAUACGACUAUAUACAAAGAAAAAGUUAUGUUUUAACUCUCGGACAGCAGACUGUUACAGCGAUCAUAGGAACGGUAUAUAUAUAAUAUGUGUAUUUUUUUAUAGUAACUGAAAUAUUUGCUUUGUACGCAUUUCAGAGCAAAUUCGUUUCGGUAAAGGCACUAAAUUUUUACCGUGUUUUUGACUUAUUAGUACAGAUAAUUUAUCUCGUACCAAACAAGAUUCAACUCACAACCGAUUGUUGACACUCAACCAGUUACACAUUAAUUCAAAUGCAGUUAUGUUAAUUGCAGUGCAGCUAAAAAAGUUUUUCACGCAUAAAGACUUUAAUCCUUUUUUUACUAAUACUGUGUAAAAAGUGUUUCAAAUAUACAUUAAAAUCUCUUAAGGGGUAGUAGAGAAUAUCCAUAUUCAUACUGAAUAUCUCUCUGUUCAUCAGUAAUAACAUCUUAGAAUUUUAAAACAUUUUAAUGUUUUUACACCACAUUAAUUUUCAUAUAGUUUUACACUUUUUUAAGUUUAUUAUUCAUAUAUUGAGUAAUAGAUAAUAUGCCCCGAAAUAAAAUAAAAUACUCACGAAAUGGCCUGAUAAAUAUGUCUAUUAAAAAAUUACAAAUCAAUGUAC